AUGGCAACAUCUUCAACCACUUUAAACUACACCAAUGUCAGAGACAUCUGGUAUACCAUGAUUGGGAUUCCAGGACUGGAGGACUUACACAUAUGGAUCUCCAUCCCCAUCUGUUCCAUGUACAUAGUGGCUAUUGUAGGCAAUGCUCUGCUACUAUUCCUGAUCAUCACGGAACGCAGCCUUCAUGAACCCAUGUACCUUUUCCUUUCUAUGUUGGCACUGGCUGAUAUCUUUCUUUCUACAGUCACAACACCAAAAAUGUUAGCAAUCUUUUGGUUCCAAGCUGCAGGCAUUUCUUUUGCUAGUUGUGUAUCUCAGAUGUUUUUCCUCCACUUCAUCUUUGUGGCAGAGUCUGCCAUACUGCUGGCUAUGGCAUUUGACCGUUACGUGGCCAUCUGCUAUCCACUAAGAUACACCACCAUUCUAACCCCAUCUGUCAUCAUCAAAAUGGGCAUUGCAUCUGUGACUAGAAGCUUCUUCAUCUGCUUCCCCCUGAUCUUUCUUGUUUAUAGACUCACCUAUUGUGGGAAAAGCAUCAUUUAUCACUCAUACUGUGAACACAUGGGCAUUGCCAGGUUGGCCUGUGACAGCAUCAAAGUCAAUAUUUACUAUGGCAUGAUAGUGGCUCUAUUUUCCCUAUGCCUAGAUGUUGUGCUGAUCAUUGUUUCAUAUGCCCUUAUCAUUUGUGCUGUGUUUAGAAUUCCUUCUCGAGAUGCCCGACGCAAGGCUCUAGGUACUUGUGGCUCCCAUGUCUGUGUUAUUCUUCUGUUCUAUACUCCAGCGUUCUUUUCUUUCUUUGCUCAUCGUUUUGGGGGUCAUAGUAUACCACUACAUGUGCAUAUUCUCCUUGCUAACCUCUAUGUGGUAGUACCACCCUCCCUCAACCCCAUCAUUUAUGGAGUGAGGACAAAACAUAUUCAGGAGAGGUUUAUUCAAAUCUUUUCUUUGCACAAGUCAGUUUGUUGA